CCAUUUCGGCGGAUCGAGAGCGAUGAGCACAAUGCGCCGGGCGUCGGUGACGGACCAGGCGCCGGUGACGGACGGCGUCCUACGCCUCGGACGCAUCUGCCACUCGUACACGCGCCGCAGCGGCGACAACAACAAUGACAUCGUCUUGCACACGGGCCGGCUCAUGGAAAACACGGCGAACCAGUCGAUCCUCUCGCACCUCCUCGCCAAGAAGCGCGUCGAGCCGCCGUACAUUGACACGAAGCGCGCGCGCAUGGGCUGGCUCACCAAGCGCGGCGCGUGGGUCAAGAGCUGGAAGAGUCGCUGGUGCGUCCUGUACAAUGGCUUUGUCUACUACUACAAGGCGCCCGAAGACGUCAACCAGUCGCGCAUGUGCCUUGGUGUAAUCGAUCUCAUGGGCGCGACGGUCGAAGUCUGCGACCAAUACAAAGCCGAGCUCACCGACAUCCCGUACAACUCGUUCGUCUUCAAGAUCGACCAAGUCGCGACGGAGAGCAGAACCUUUUACUUUAUCGCGCCAACGACGCGGGACCUCGAAGAGUGGAUCGCGGGUUGCCAACUGGACACGUGGCAACCGCACUGGUGCACGCUGCACAACGGCGUGCUCUCGUACUACAUGGGCACGGAUCGCAUGGCGCCGCUGCGCCUCGGCGUCGUGUACCUCACGCGCUGCCUCAUCGAAGACGUCGCGCCCGACGAAGUGCGCUACAUGAACAGUCCGGCCACUACCUUCAAGCUCACACAGCUCAAGCCCGAGGAGCGCACCUACUACUUUUCGACAGACUCGGAGGCCGAAUUCGAUAUGUGGAUGCAAGGUCUGCGUGCGGCGUCGCAAGCCAUCACCGACCGCUGUAGCAUGUAGGGACAAGACGAGUAAUUUAUGUAAUCGGUGAUCGCUUC